GUGUGUGUGUGUGUGUGUGUGAGAGAGAGAGAGAGAGAGAGAGAGAGAGAGAGAGAGAGAGAGAGAGAAAAAAACUCGUAAUCGGGUUGCUAAGCAAACCAGUUUCUAAACAUUUAUCUACAAGUCUGGGUCUGGCAGGAAUUCCAUCCCAGAGGCAGCACCUGGUUCCCUGGGGUGUUGUCAGGCUACUGGGAUUAAUGAGGAGGCGACAACGCUCUGCAUUCCGGCUUCACUCUUCGCUAUGCUGAUGUGAUAGCCUGAUUUGUUUGCGCCAGGAGAAGUCCCCAUGAACUUUCCAGGUGGCCAGGAGCUGCAAUGAUGUAUUUGCUGCAACUGAAAAUCUGUAUUCUCUCCGGCCUGUUUUUGAGCGUCUUCAUUGGGUUCUACAUGAUGAGCGAGAAAACGAAUAAACACGACCCCAUCAGCCAGGUGACUAAAAGCGGGCUUCACACAACUAAAUCUCCAGAGGAAACCGUAAAACCAACCAAACCCUUAACCGAAACAGCCAAACCCACAGAACCAGACUUUUUUGGAGACAAAUACACCUCUGAUGAUAAUCUACUACAAGAUAGCUGCCCAACAAGUAUUCGGAAAAAGGUGUUGCGGAGUGACUUUGGUGAGAGGUUCUUGCCCAAUAUUCCUGUUCUGCAAUGGGCAAAGCAUUUCUCAAAGCCAGAAUAUAAGCGGUUAUCCCGCUAUUAUGGUGCACAUGGAUGGGGUAGUGUUGAUAUCACAGUUCUUCAGGAUUCACUGGCCAUCUUGAACGUUUCCGCAAAUCGGAUAAUGUUUGACGACUGGGAAGAAAGGCAGAACGGAUCGCAGUGUAUCCGCUGCGCUGUUGUUGGAAACGGGGGAAUUCUGAAAGGGUCAAAAAGAGGCCAGGAGAUUGACCAGAACGACUACGUGUUCAGGACAAAUGGUGCAAUUAUUGAAGGCUUUGAGGAGGAUGUUGGUGUGCGUACCUCUUUCUAUACCUUCUCCACGAACACCUUACGUAACUCUUUGAGAAAUUAUGCAGGUUUAGGAUUUAAUGGCCCCCCCAAGAGCAAGGAGACCAAGUACAUUUUCCUUCCUGAUCAUGACCGGGACUACAUUCUUAUGAGGGCUGCAGCCAUGCACACAAAAAUCGAGACAGGAUCUGAGAGGGGUGUUGAGCCAAAGCAGUAUUUUGGAGAUGACCUGAGUGUGGAGAAAUUUAAAAUGUACCACCCAGAUUUUAUCCGUUACCUUAGAAACAGGUUUCUGCAUUCAAAUACACUCAAAACCAAAUAUAAAGAAAUCUAUAGACCGUCCACAGGCGCAGUAAUGCUGCUGGCUGCUCUUCAUACGUGUGAUGAGGUAAACGCCUAUGGAUUUAUGACUGCUGACUAUGGGAAAUAUUCAGACCAUUACUACGACAAAAGUUUCCAUCCAGUGCAUUUCUAUGCCAACCACGACCUGCACAUGGAGAUGGUUCUUUGGCAGCAGCUGCAGACGGCAGGACUUAUAAAGAUCUACAUGCAUACGUGAAUGCUGUGAGCUCGCUUGGAUCCAAAUGUUAAAACAGCAAGGCUGAUGCCUUGAAGGAAACAAGGUCUUUUUGGUGUAGGCAAAACCCCUGUAAAGUUUACAGCCUCUGGAUUUGGCCUUCCCUAGAUAAAGUGUGUGAUAAUGAAGAAGACGAAGUCAUUGCUUUAUUGCCUCGUAAACCAUUUUUCAGGAACUCGAACAGUGUUGAUUGUGCAGAGGCAAUAACCAUUAACCUGUUCUGACAAUGCAGUGUCAAUAUAAGAUGCCUUGCUGCGAAGUAUAUAGAGUGUUGGCAUAGUUGAAUGAGUUGAGGUACAUGUUCAAUGAUUGCAUAUAUAGUGGCGAAGGUUCUAAGAUCAAAUGCAUCCGAUGAAAACCAAAGACCAACCACUUAUGUAGGAAAAGUUUUUAAAAUCUUGGUGUGCCAAAUGAUGUGUAAAAAAAAAAACUGUGUACUAUGAAGAAAACUCUUGCUAACUUUAAAACGCAUAAAAAAAUACUUAAUGAUGCUGAAGUAAAUUCGGUAGAUUCUCUCAAGUACAUACUCACUGUUUAAUUUAUUAUGGACACCUGUAUGUUUGUGCAGUUAACUAUAUGGGCAAAAGUGGCAAAACACAAUGGAAAAAGUGUGUGGAGUCAGGUCAAUAGCUUUAAUUCAAACAUCAGCAUCACACAUCAGCAUGGAUCAAAAAGUGUGAUCACGAUGACUAACAGUGGGGAGGUUGUUGGUGUCAGAGGGGGUCAAUUUGAGUAUUUCAGAAUCUGGUGAUCUGGGAAUUUCAUAUAAAAUUCACACCAGUGUUUGUGGGGAAUCAAGCAAAACAGUUUGGAGUGUCUGUAGGCUAAAACAUAUUGAGAGAGAAGUCUGUAGUAGCUCAUAAGCACUGCUUACAACUGUGGUGAGCAGAAAACCAUCUCUGCAUGCACAAAACAUCAGAGCUUGAGGUGGGUGAGCUACGACAACAGAUCACACAAGGUUCCAUUACCGUCGGCAAAGAACAGGAAUCUGAGGCGAUCAUUGGCAAGUCUAAAAAAAAAAAAAAAACCUUACAGGUUUGCCCAAAGCAGAAAAUGUAAGUGGUAUCAGUUUCCAGAACAUGAAUCUGAGGCGAACUGUAUAUUUUCUUGAUUUUUCAUUAACAUGUUUCUGCUCAAAGUAUUCUGUUUUUCAUACCAUUCCAUGGAGAUUGUUGUCAAAGAAAUUCCCAGGAGAUCGGUUGUUUCUCAAAUGCUCAACCCAGCCCUUCUGGUAUAAUAUAUAGAUGCCACAAAGAUCAAAUUUUGUUUGUUCUGAUAUCGAUACUUGAAUAUUAACUGAAGCUUUUGGCCUGCAUAUUUUAUUUUACAUUGCACUACUGUCACAUGACUGAAUAGAAAACUGCAGAGAUGUUCAAGGUGUUCCUAUUAAAACAGAUGUAUUCCAGUUCGUUUAUUGAAUAGCAAAUUAAUGUUUGUUUAAAAAAAAAAAAAAAACUGAAGUGGUAUUUUUUUAUAAAUGAAUUUGUGAAUUUAAAUAGCUAAUUUGUCCAUGGGGAAAAGACUCGUGUUAUAUGUGAGUCCCUCAAUAUAAAGCUCAGUAAAUAUCCUAGUAAUCAACCAUGUUGGAGAUUUUCUUUUUUUUUUUUUUUUUUAAAAGAAAUGUCGUCUGUAUUUCUGAAUCCUAAUGCAUUCUGGAAAGAUAUUUAAAUUUGACUGCUGACUGUAAACUUCCUCAAAAAAGUAAAAUAUAUUUUUUUAGAGGCCAAAUUCAUCCAUAUUGAGAUUAAUAAAAAAUAUUUUGCUGUUAGAGUUAACACAAAAUACAGUCUUUAGCAUGUUCCAGCAGAAAUAUUAAAAUUAAUCAUGCAGCAUUUGGGACACUUUUGCUCCGGUGACAUCACUAGAUGAAGGAGAAUUCUUAAUUCACAGGCAAGGAGGCAGAGCUGGGAGAAAAAUCAGUGCCUUGUUUUUUUCUUUCUUGUCUCACAUUUUUCUGAUAAUAUAUACAGUAUAUAAACAUUUUCCUAUGUGUGUUUCACCUUAAUCUGAAAGAGGUACUACAUCACCAAACUUAAAAAACAGCCCUAAAUCAGCUCACAUGCCAACGAUUCUGACAUUUGUACAUUAAUGUUUAGAUGUAAUCAAAGCCUGGCCUCAUUUAUACAAGGCUUGAUGACUCUUUUACUGUGAUAAUAGAUCAACAUCUUGCAUCUCUAAAUCUUUCCAGAGUGCUAGCACUGACAUGUAUAUUAGUUUCAUAUUGAAGUAUUCUGUUGGCCAUUAUUACAUUGUACCUGGUUGCUGCAUCAGCCACGCUGGCGUUUCUGCAACCGAUUUAAAAGGUCAGAGGUACAAUAAAAACGAAUUCAUUAAUUAACUUCUAAUUUAUUUCAGUAUCUAUUCUAUUCAAAAAAUGGCUUCUCUGAUUUUUUCUGGUGGUUUUUUUUUUUUUUGUUGUUGUUGUUGUUGUUGUUGUUGUUGUUUGUUUGUUUGUUUGUUUGUUUGUUUUGUAUUUUAAACUUAGGACCCAGUAGAAUGGUUAGAGAUAAAAAACACUAACUGGUCACUAUUUAUCAAAUAUUCAGUGUACAACAAAUAAACAAACUCAUGAUUUUUGUGGCGAAAUUA